CGAGGUAACUGUUCGCGAACUUUUGAAAAUGGCUGAUACAGCGGGGAAGCCCAUCCAAUGCAAAGCUGCUGUGGCCUGGGAGCCAAAGAAACCACUGGUCAUUGAGAAUGUGGAAGUAGCCCCUCCUAAGGCUGGGGAAGUUCGGUUAAAGGUAUUAGCUACUGGUGUGUGCCAUACUGAUGCCUAUACUUUAGAUGGCUUUGAUCCAGAGGGGAAAUUCCCAUGUAUUUUGGGCCAUGAAGGAGGUGGUAUUGUGGAAAGUGUUGGUGAAGGGGUGACAUCAGUCAAGCCAGGUGACCAUGUCAUACCUUUGUACACCCCCCAGUGUGGCGAGUGCAAGUUCUGUAAAAAUCCAAAGACCAAUUUAUGCUCAAAGAUAAGGGCCACUCAAGGUCAGGGCCUCAUGCCUGAUGGCACCUGCCGCUUUACCUGCAAAGGAAAGUCCAUAUAUCAUUUCAUGGGAUGCAGCACCUUCAGUGAAUACACAGUGGUGGCAGAAAUAUCUGUGGCUAAGGUGAAUGAGAAAGCUGCCUUGGACAAGGUUUGCCUGCUAGGUUGUGGGAUAUCUACAGGAUAUGGUGCUGCCUUGAAUACAGCCAAAGUGGAGCCUGGGAGCACCUGUGCCAUCUGGGGACUGGGAGCUGUUGGCUUAGCUGUUGCUAUGGGAUGCAAGGAGGCUGGAGCUACACGCAUUAUUGGUGUCGAUAUCAACCCAGAUAAAUUUGAAGUUGCUAAGGGGUUUGGUUGCACUGAAUUUGUCAAUCCCAAAGAUUACACCAAGCCCAUUCAAGAAGUUCUGGUAGAAAAGACAGAUGGUGGUUGUGAUUUUACAUUUGAGUGCAUUGGCAAUGUGGGCUGCAUGAGAGCAGCAUUAGAAGCUUGCCACAAAGGUUGGGGAGUGUCAACAAUCAUUGGAGUAGCUGCUGGUGGAACUGAAAUUGCUACUCGUCCAUUCCAGCUUGUCACUGGCCGGGUAUGGAAGGGCACAGCUUUUGGAGGUUGGAAAAGUCGUGAAAGUGUCCCCAAACUAGUGGAGGAUUACUUGAAAGGAAUAGUUAAAGUAGAUGAGUUUGUGAGUCACAACAUGCCGCUGGAAAAAAUCAAUGAAGCAUUUGACCUUAUGCAUUCUGGGCAGAGUAUCCGUUCUGUGGUCAACAUGUGAAGAGGCUUCUUGCUUAACACACCAGGACUGUGCUAUUUGAUACUUAUAAUGCAGACUUGGAGGGCAGCAAAUUAUGAAACAAAUUGUAAAACCUACAGGGUAUUACCCAACUUAUCUAAUUUCCCUUUAAUCUAGAAAAGAUGAACUUUAAUAUUACAGCCUCCUAAAAUGCUGUUAAUCAUUGGGAACCAAGAAAGAUUUGAAAGUAAUUAUGCUCUCAGAAUGCUGUUAAUCAUUGGAAAACUUAUGGUGAAAAUUAUAACAAACAUCAGAAAAAUUACUUAACUGACGGAAUGCUAUUUGUUAGCGGAGACAUCCAAGGGUUAUGUACGAUUAUUUACAAAUCCCUUUUGCUUAUGUCAAGGGUCACUUUUUCUGUAUCAGUGCCAAUAAAAGGUUACUACGGUUAUGUUGAUGGAAA